AUGGACAUAACUACACAUUUACGUUUAUCAAGCACAACUCUCAGUUCGAAGAAGUUACCUUUUUCUUCCUCAGAGAGAGAAUUAAUUGUGGCUUUAGUGCGUGAACGGCCUAUCAUUGAAGAUAAACGCACAUUCGCUAAAAAUAUAGAAUUAAAGAAGCAAGCUUGGGAGGAUUUGACUGUGGCCUACAAUUCGCAGCCAUACGUCUCACAAAGACACAGUCAGCAAUUAAAAAUCUGCUGGGUGAAUAUAAAAACCCAGAGAAAGAAAGAGCUGUCCCAGGAAUCAACAAGUAUAAAGCGUACUGGUGGAUCCCCAGAAAGUGGCUCAACAUCAGAUAAUAUCAUUGAUGCAAUUUGCCCUUUUAUUAAUUUGAGAGUCCCGGGAGUGAUUGAUUCAAAUUCAAUAGAAAGUUAGUAUGACUACAACAUCAAUGUAAAGAGGCUAAGGAUAACCCACCUAUAGAUAAAAACUAAAUCUUACUUUGUUUUAUCUUUUCAGUUUUAGAUGAUGUAAAGAUUUUAUAAAAGGCCUUAAAAAAGACCCUGCCCCAGAGCUUCAAGUAGUAAGUAGAAAAUAUGUAUCUUACUUUGAUUAUUAUUUAUUUAUGUUAUGUAUUAAUUAUAUAUUAAUUAUGUAACUAUUUUUUCAGUUUAAUUUUCCAGAUGACAUGGACGAAAAUGUUUGUCUACAGCCAAAAAAAAUUGUAAUUAAGAAACUUUCUCGACUCCCACUAGUAAGUAAUAUUUAGAAUAUACCUAACAUUUUUUCAAGGCCACAUUAUAUUGGGUAUAUUUUUAAAUAUGUUAUAAAUUGCUUUUUAGGUAGCAAGAAAUUCAUUAAUUAAUCAAAAGCUAGAAUAAAGCGCAUCACUUUAAACAUCCAACAGGACUGAGCAUUGCAUGAGUUGAGGUUACAGAGGGAUUUUUUUUAAUUGAAAAAAAAUUUUAGAAUAUGAGAAGAAACUACAAAAUUUACAAAUAGAAAAACUUCAGUUAGAAACAGAAAUAUAAAAAAAAACUUGAAUAUUAAAUUAAUUUACAUUUUAUUAUUUACUUUAUUAUCACCCUAUUUCAAAAAUGUCUAUAUAAACAUUAUUUUAAAAAGUAGACCUUCUCUAUUUACUUGAGGUAGAUUUGUGGCGGGUCGUGGUAUAUUUCUUAUCUCACUCUCAAUAUCUUCAAUAACACCAUGAGCCCUACAAAUGUUAUAUAACACGGCAGUGGCAACAAUUAUAUGGCAUGUUGUAGUUAAUUUUGUUGUCAUCUUUUUAGAUAAGCAAGUAAAUAUAGGUACUCUUCCAGACACCUAUAGUUCU